AUGCUGAGUGGAUUAUGCUUUUAGAAGUAAAAGAAUUUUAAGAAAGCAGAAGAAUUUUAUCUGUACACACUUGAAAAAAGACCUGAAGACCCAAAAAUAUUAAAUGCUCUCUUUAAAUUGAAUAAGGAUGAUAUUAAAAAUAAAGAAAAAGCAAUUGAAUAUGGCUCAAAGCUAAUAACAAUUUACAAAAAAACAGAUAUUGGAAAGGCAAUGGAAGCAAUAGUUGGAUAUUGUGAAAUUUUACAUGAAAUGUAGGAGAGAAAAAAGUUGGAUACUUAUUUUCUGGAAUUAUUAAAACAUGGUUCAGUGGAAUAAGUUCUUAAGGUAGCAAAAUUAUAUAUUCCAUUAAUUAUCGAUCUUAAAUUAAUAGAUGUGACUUAACCAAAAUCAUUUAACUCUAUAAUUUCCCAAUUUUCACAAAAGAUUUAUAAUUAAACCCAAAAUUUUGAAAUAAUAGAAAACAUUGCUAGAAAAGUAGUAUCGAAAUUCCCUGUGAACUAUAGAGAUAUUAUAUUUGGAUUAGCCAUUUCUAAAGAGCAUUAUGUUGUAUUGUUUGAUUGGCUAGAAUUGCUUCCUUCGAGUUGUUUCUUAUUGGACUAAGUUUUGAGGUAUUGUCACUGCUUUCUUGAUUAUAAAAUCAAAUUCUUGUUAGAAUAGAGUAUCAUUUUAUUGAAUGAUGCAAAUGGAGAAUCGACUUAUCUAAACUAUAAAAUUUAUGAUGAAGAACAGUAUAAUAAAACUAUAUUGAAGGCAUAAUCCUUCUUAGCAUUUAUGAGGAUCUAUGCCUCUUAGAUCGUCCAAUAAUGUGGAGAUUAAUUUUUAUCAGCCAUAGAUAAAUUAUUAUAAUAAAACAAUUUUGAUAUCAUUGAAAAAAAUAAGGAUUAUACAAUUUUAGAAUUGCCUCUAAAAGUUGCUUAAUUAUUUAAGAGUGGAAAUAAAGAAAAUACAUAAUUAGCAAAUACUUUGAUGGUUGAUUUCAAUAAGAAAAUGAAAUAAUUAAAAAACUCUGAUUUUGAUGUUUCUGUGUUAGAAGAGGUAGGAGCUAAUCUUGGAUAUGAUAUUUUAGCAGAUCCAGUAGAAUUAAUGGAAAUGAAAAAUUUACUAAAGAUAAGAAUUAAAAAUAAGGCAUAUUCACUUGAAACAUAUGAAAAAUAUUUUGAUUAUCAAAUGAAACUAGUCUCCUUGAUUAGACAUUAUGAUGAAGAAUUGUCUAUGUAAUUAAUUUUUGAAAAGAUACUAUCUGACGAUCCAUAAAAUCUCAAAGUUCAGAUUAAUUAUGAUUGGCUUAAGUUUUCAGAAAAUAAAAUCUCACAAUCACAAUUGAUUGAAAUAUAUUAAAAAUAUCUCCCUGCCCCACCAAAGAUUGAACAAAUCAUUUACAAAAGAAUAGGAACACUAAAAUUAAUAAAUAAUUAAAUAAAUGAAGCAAAAGCUUGUUUUGAAAAAAUAUAAGGUGAUGAUUACGAGGCCAGUUUGGCGCUUGGUAUGAUAGCAUUCUAUUAGAAAUAAUACUCAGAAUCCUUAGAACAUUUAUAUAGAGCUUUUAAUUAUUGUCAAACUAAUUACCAUUUAAAUUAAAUAAUAAUGUUUGUAUUAAACAAAUUAAAAUAAAAAGAUAAGGCUUUGGAAUUUGCUAUUAACAUUUAUAAGUUGUAACAAUUUUAGAAUGUCUAUUGGUUAAGCUUUACAAUAGGGUAGCACUUAAUGUAGAAUGUUUAAUUUGGCAAAGCUCAUGACAUUUUAUAGAAAGCAGCUGAUCAAUUUCAUUUUAAUGUAGAAAAAACUUAUAAAUUGUAUUAUGAGAAGAAAUUUGAUUAAGGAGAUUUUUCGAUUCCUUAUUUUAUUAAUUAGAAUGAUAAUUUAUAUUUAUCUGAUUAUCCUGUUUUUUCUUCAAAUUAUUUAGUAAAUUAAGGAAUGAUUGUUUUAACUGAAUAAUAUUUUUAGGAUGAAAAAUAUUUAAAAUUAUUUAAAUUAGAGAUGAAGUUAGCUGAAUUAAAAAAAAUAUUAGGAUUACAAGGUUCUGCCUUAAAGAGUUUGGAGAAAGCAGAAGAAUUGCUAUUAAGCGAAAACAAUAACUAAAUAUCAGAAUUAGAUAAUUAUUUGACAAUGAAAUGUGAUGAGACAACUAAUAAAGGAAAAUUAAUUAAAUUUACACAACAAUUAAAUUAAAUAUAAAUUUAAAGCAGAUGGGUUUGUACUCUUAGAGCCAAGAAAAUAGGUUAAUAAUAUUCUAAACUUUUGAUUUUGCAUAACUUUGAAUGUGCUUAAUUGUAAUUAUAUGGAUAAUAGGAAUACUUUAGUUAGGAAAGAAUGAUUUAAGGGUUAUUAAUGUCAAUUCAUAAUUUUGAUGAUUAAGAAAUUCAAAUCUUGAUCAAAAGUUAUUUAUGUUUUGUUUUUGAAAUUGCUACAUAACAAAUAAAAAAUCAACUAGUUUAUGGAGCAGACGGAGUUUAAUUAUUAGCUUAGAAAUACUUAAGCCUAUUUGAAUUGAUUUCAUCUCAAUUACAGUUAAAUGUUUAUGCAUGUGAAUGUUUAAGAGAAUUCUUUUAUUUAUUAGGAAUAUAUCAUGAUGCCUAGUAUUUUUCUCAGAGUCUAAAAUACUCAUAAAUAGUUAUAAAAUUAUUAUGUCAAGUCGACAUUGCAGAUUAAUUCGAUUUAUAAGAAACCUUUUAACAUAUGCGAAGUAUUUUAAACGGAUAAGAUAAAAAGUAGCUGAUUGUAAAAAAUAAUUUGCAAUCUUUAUUAUUAACUCGUAGCAGACUUAAUUUAGAUACAAUAAAAUAUUUAGAAUUAAGUUUAUCUUUAUUUCCAAAAUGCGAUAGUUUGUAUUGCAUAGCUGCUUAAAUUAGAAGAAAUCCAGGGUUUAUAUUAAAAGCUCUGGAAUGCAAUUAGAAAUGUCAAGCUGCCCUUUAUCAAUUAGGACUACUUUAUAUUGGUAGAUAAAAUUAUGAAUUUGCAUUUUAAACACUGUAAAAAUGUAUUGAAGUUGAGCCAACAACAUCAGCCUUUGCAUAUUUGGCAUUAUCAAUAAUUUUAUUUAUUUAUCUUCAAUAAAACUAUAAUAUUGAGUUACCUGAUUGCAACAAAGUAAAACAAUUGGAUUCAUUAAAUUUUUACUAAAAUUAAUUGACAUAAGCAAUAUCUUCAUAUUUAGAUUACGUAUCCACACUUCAGAAUACUCCUAUUUAAAACAUUUUAAGUAUUAUAUAUAGAAACUUAUAUUUGGGAUACACAAUUACAAGUGAAGCCAUUCUUCAUGACUAGAAAUUUAAGCAGUUACUUAAAUAAUUCCCACCUGAAUAUACUAGCAUUCUGUACUGUGAAAUUCCUUACAUCUAGAAUUCAACAGAAUUGGAAAAUAUUUAUAAUAAGUAUACUAGUAUAGUGUAAAUAAAAGAAGAAAUAAAAUUAGUUAUUACAUAAAUGAAUCAGUAUGAAAACAUAAAUAACAAUCAAGUUUAAUGGGCAGCAAAACUAAAAUAUUUGAUUCACUUAUUAACAUUAAGCAUUGAUAAAGUAUCAAAUUUAUAAGAUUUAAUUGGAGUUACAAAUAACGUAUUUGAUAUGUUGGUUAAGAAUAUUAUUCAAUUAAGAUAAGCAACAAACAUUUUUAACUUUGAUGUUUUAUUUAUGAGUUUUGUCAACAAAUGGUAUCAUUAUACAAGAACUAUUUAUUUAAAGGAUAAUUCUCAUAAAGAUUAUUAUCUGUUUGUUGCUAAAUUUUAGUAAUAAUGUCUAAAAUUGAAAGAACUCAACGAAGCUCAAUUGAUAAAUUAUAUUGAUUAAUUAAUGGAUAAAAAUACGAAAAUUACAGAAGAAUUAAAACAUAAGUUAUAAUUUAUGGAAUUGAUUUAUUAAGGAAAUUGGUAAGAGGCAAUUACUCAUUUAUAAUUGUGUAUAUUUCAUAAUCCUUUGAAAAGAGUUUAUAGAGAUAUUCUUAAUAAAAUUCAUAUGACAUUUUACGAAUAGAAAUAUGUUCAAUAAGAUAUAUUAGAUUUUAGAAAAACUAAUUAGGCUUCUCUUUGGUUGAAUACUAUCAUUAAUGAAUUGGUACUAGAGAGAUCUAGAAAUAUAUCCAGAUUGCCUUUGAUGCUAAAAAUAAUUAAAUUUAAGAUUUUACCUUAUGCUGAUAAUUUAAUUGCAAAACUCUUAGUUAAAGUAUUAUGUGAUAUUGAAUAAUAAAUAUCAACAGAGGGAUUAUUGGAUUAAAUCGCUAAGAAAUUCAAUAUAGAUAAAGAGAAAUAUUGGAUUAAAGCAUUGAUUUAAAAACAGUUAAAUGAAAAAUAAAAUGUUAACCAACUUAUAUUAAAAUAUAGAGAUGUAUAUCUGGAACAAUUUGAAGAUUAAAUUUAAUGGAAAAAGACUGCUUUAUUUUUUAUACCAAUUUUAACAUAAUUGUACUUUGAUAGAGGUUCGUAAGGUAUGGAAACAAUACUAUAAUAAAUUAUGCAAAAUUAUUGUCUGUAUGCACAGCAAUUUUUACCAAAGGAUGAUAAACUAAAGAAGGCUAGGUUUAUAUACAAUAUGCUACAUUAUGGUUGCUACAUAAAAAAAUUAGAUGAUAUUGAAUCUAUAGGUGUUACAUUGACUAAUUUAAAAGAAAUAGCAGAUGAAUUUGCUAAUUAAGGGACCUAUAAUCCAACUAGUUUAUCAGUAUAUUUGCAUUAUCUAGUGGCAACUGAAAAAUAUUAGGAAUUAGAUAAAUGGCUAGAAAUUACUAAUCAAUAUAUUUAUAAUAAUGAUCCAAUAAUUACUUGGGGUUAAAUUAUAAGGUCAUAUCAUUAAGUUGAAGAAAAGAAAGACAUUAAUACUCUAAAGAAAUUCAUUACUUUGGUACAAUAAUAAUCAAUUCAAAAUCCUAAAUUAUAAUCCUAAAUGCAUUAUUUGAUUGGACAAGCAAUGAUGAAUGUUAAUGAUUGGUAAUAGAAGUAUUCCAAAGAGGAAGUUUUAAAAAAGUUUUAAUUAGCUUUAUUGUUGAAUCCUAACAGAGAAAUAAUUAAAUAAUUAUAACCUCUUUAGACAGUUAGAUAAAUCAAAUAAAAGGUCAAGCUUAGAUUGGAAUAUUUUGAAGAUGUAUAGCAGCCAAAAAGAAAGUUGAAGAAAAAGGUUCUAGAAGGUCUUAAUAGUGAUUCAGAUGAAGCAUUAGUUGAUCAAAUGGAUUAUGAAGAAGAUUAAAAAGAAUUUCAAUAAGAGCAUGGCAUGACCCUUGAAGAACAUUAAUAAAUAACUGAAAGUGUUAUAAUUGAAUAAUAAAAAGCAUUAGCAGAAUAUAAUUAGUAAGUAGAGAGUUAUAACGAAUAAUUAAUGUAUAUUUAUGAAUAAUAAUAAUAUCUUGAUUCUUUGGGUUAAGAAGAAUAAUAAAGAUUAAUCGAAUAUUAUACAUAGAAUUAUACCUAAUUAUCAUAUGAGUAGCAAUGUUAGUAUAUGAUAUUGUAGGGAUAUCAAAAUGAAUAAAUUGUGGAAUAUUUUUACCAUUAAUAAUAAUAAUCAUAAGAAUCAGAAUAGUAGUAAGAAUAAUAAAAAUAAUAAUAAUGA